AAGUAAAAGAUUCCUUGUAUUUAACUCUUACAUACCAAAAUGGUAUACCAGCAAGUAUAAAACAUAAUGCAGCAAGUGAUUCUAAUGGAACCUUUACAAAUGGCAUUACAAUCAAGAAUACUGCAACACAACAAAAUAUAAGGGGUGUG